AACCUGGCUUUUUGACAUGAUACCUUCACAGGUGUAUCAGCUGCUUACACCUGUGACUCAUGAAUGGAGAGUCUGAAGUGAGCAGCAGAGGACAGAGAGAACUGAGGGAGAAACAGAAGGAUGCCUCCAAAGAGGAAAAACAAUACCGUGAUCAACCUUGAAGAUGUUGGGAUGGAGGUUGAUGCUGUGUCAGACAGUGGAAGUGAAGAUGAGGCCCGGAAGAGAAGUAAAAACAGAAGAACCAAACCACAACGUAGAGCCAAACGGGUCAGUGAUGAUGAGGAAGACGAGGAGGAUGAGGAUGAGGCCCCACGGAAAAGAGGACGAAAGAAGAAGGCCAAGCCCAGAGACAGCGACGAAGAUGACGAGGAAGACGACCGCAAUGUGAAAAGAAAAGGAUCAAAGGCCUCCAGGAAGAGAGCUGCUAAGGAGGAGAGUGACGAAGAGAGCGAAGACGACCGAGAGAAGAAGAAAAAGGGAGGAAGAGCGGCGUCCAAAAAGGAGAAAGAGGACCAGAAUAAAGGGAGGAAGGGGAAUGUUAAAAAGAAAGAAGGGAAGGAUAAGGAUGGUGAGAAGGACAAGAAAAAGAAGAAUGGGAAGUUGAACAGCAGCUCCUCUUCUUCCUCUGACUCCGAUGAUGAAUCGCUCUCGGAGGGAGAGAUGGAAGCCCUGAAGGAACAGGUCGAGGAGAAGAAGAAACUCAUCACUACAUUAAGGAACAAACCGUGGCGCAUGAAGAGGAGGCUCGUACUGCUCAAGGAGGCCCAGGAGUUUGUUGAAAGGUUUGAAGGCGCUCUUGGGAAAGGAAAAGGCCGGAAGCUGUAUGCAUACAAAGUCAUGAUGACAAAGAAACUGAUCAAGUUUAAACGUGACUUUGAGAACUUCAAAACAGCCUGUAUACCCUGGGAGAGGAAAAUAAAAGAUGUAGAAAGUCACUUUGGGUCAUCAGUGGCGUCCUACUUUAUUUUUCUGAGGUGGAUGUAUGGUCUGAACUUGAUUCUCUUUGGUCUCAUGUUUGGUCUGGUGAUGCUGCCCGAGCUCCUCAUGGGUCUGCCCUAUGGCUCUAUUCCCAGGAAAACUGUGCCCCGAGAGGAGCAGCCCACAGCCAUGGACUUCUCUGUGCUCUUUGAAUUCAGUGGAUACUGCCAGUACUCCUUUUUGUUCUACGGAUUCUACAACAGCGAGCGAAUGAUCGGAGUGCUGCAGUUCAGACUCCCUCUUUCCUACCUGCUUGUGGGUGUUGGCAUCUUUGGAUACAGCCUGAUGGUUGUCAUUAGAACAAUGGCUCGUAACUCAAAUGAAGGAGGAGACGGGGCCGAGGAAGGAGAGUUCACCUUUAGCUGGAAGAUGUUCACCAGCUGGGACUACCUGAUAGGAAAUCCUGAGACUGCAGACAAUAAGUUCGCCUCCAUCACCACCAGCUUCAAGGAAUCCAUAGUAGAUGAGCAGGAGAACCAGAAAGACGAGAACAUCCAUCUGAGACGGUUCCUCCGGGUUCUCGCCAACCUCAUGAUCCUGUGCUGCCUGGGAGGCAGUGGAUACCUCAUCUACUUUGUGGUGAAACGUUCUCAGGAGUUUGCUAAUAUGAAGACAGAUAAUCUCUCAUGGUUUGAAAAGAACGAGGUGGAGUUUGUGAUGUCUCUGCUGGGGCUGGUGUGUCCUCCUCUCUUUGAAACCAUUGCAGAGUUGGAAGAUUAUCACCCUCGUAUCGCUCUGAAGUGGCAGCUGGGUCGAAUCUUUGCCCUCUUCCUGGGAAACCUUUACACCUUCCUCUUUGCCCUGUUUGAUGAAGUCAAUGCCAAGCUGGAGAGAGAGAAGUCAAUCAAGAAUGAGACUGAAUGGCUUCUGAAUCAGUACUAUGCAAACUACAGCCUCCACUUCAACACGUCUGAUGUUCCUCCUCCGACUGUGGACCCAGCAGAUGUCAUCAGAGGACCCUGCUGGGAGACUGGAGUGGGAAUAGAAUUUGUGAAGCUGAUUGUGUCAGACAUGCAAGUGACCUAUUUGACGAUCCUGAUUGGUGACUUCCUGCGAGCCGUCAUUGUGCGCUUCCUUAACUACUGCUGGUGCUGGGACCUGGAGGCUGGAUUUCCUUCAUAUGGAGAGUUCGACAUCAGUGGAAAUGUCCUUGGGCUUGUCUUCAAUCAAGGAAUGAUUUGGAUGGGAGCGUUCUACGCUCCAGGUCUAGUGGGUCUGAACGUGUUGCGUCUGCUGUCCUCGAUGUACUACCAGAGCUGGGCGGUGAUGUCCUGUAACGUUCCUCACGAGCGAGUUUUCAAGGCCUCGCGCUCCAACAACUUCUACAUGGGCCUGCUGCUGCUCGUGCUGUUCCUCAGUCUGCUGCCAGUCGUCUACACUAUCAUGACCAUGCCCCCUUCAUUCGACUGUGGACCUUUCAGUGGUCAGGAGAAGAUGUAUGAAGUGGUCAUGGAGACGAUAGAGCAGGAUCUACCUGCAUUCAUAGGGAACAUUUUAACGUACGCCACCAACCCUGGACUCAUCAUGCCUGCUGUCCUCCUCAUGGUAUUGGCCCUCUACUACCUGAACGCAGUAUCAAAAGGAUACCAACAAGCCAACAAUGACCUUAAAAGGAAGAUGCAAUUGGCACGAGACGAGGAGAAGAACCGCAGGAACAACAAGGACAGCACUAAUCAAGUGAUGAUGGACCUGGAGGACUUGCUGCCAAACAAGUCUCUCAUACCGCCUCCAGUCAAGGAGGAGCCGCCCCCACCUGCUGUCGUAAAUGAGAAGGGAAGCAAGUCUCCUAAAACGAAGCCCGGUGCAGCAGGGAAAGGGGUAAAUCUGCAAAAGGACGUGUCCCUGGCCGCCCCUAACCCCAGAGGGCCAGUGACCCGCGCACCAGGGCCGAGAGGGGGGCCCCCUGGAAAUGCCAGGGGGCCUCAACCGGGCAGAGGUAGGGGUCGGGGUCGGGGUGGGCCAAGGUAA